CCCAUUUCUUUUCUCUCUGCAUAUCAGUCUAGCGGGCAGGCGCGCGCACUUAACUCUGCUCGAAUGCUUCCCCGUCGGCGAGUGAUGCCUUAGGUUUUCCAGCCAGAUGUGAACUUCUGGUAUGAUUCGGAUUCGCUUGUAGUACUCUGUUUGUUUAUCUAGAAAUGCUAGAUCUGUUCAUCGUAGCUCAUGUUCGAUCCGAAACCUGGUUCCACAAGAGGAGAAAAUCAUGUUACGUUUUCUGAUUCCUUCUGAUAUGUCCUUUUAAUUUGUAAUCUAUGGGAUCGUAUGGCGAAUUGUACAGUUAGAUAUUUUUUGGGGGGGUUUGUACUUUUAUUUCACUUUUUCUUUAACUUCCGUUGUGGGGUCGUUAAGGUUGCAAUUGUACAGUUAGGGUUCUACAGGAUGGGAGUGGGUUGGCAGUAAUGUUGGGGUUAGAGGAAUUUGAGCGAACUAGUUUUCGUGUAUUAUUCGGCUGAAAAACUUUUGAGGGGGUAGAAUUCGGAAGUGGCGAAAAUGAGUUUGAGAGCGGCCGAGGAAGAAUCGGGUCAGGAGAUUCAUAUCCCGGCCGAUAUAGAUUGGCAAAUGCUUGAUAAAUCGAAGUUUUUCUUUCUUGGCGCUGCCCUUUUUUCAGGGGUCUCAGCGACUCUCUAUCCUGUUGUGGUGUUGAAAACCAGGCAGCAGGUAGCUCAAUCCCAAGUUUCAUGCCUCAAAACUGCAAUUUCACUGGUUAGGCUUGAGGGCUUUAGAGCAUUGUACAGGGGAUUUGGGACUUCCUUGAUGGGCACAAUCCCAGCUCGAGCACUGUACAUGGCUGCCUUGGAGGUCACUAAGAGUAAUGUAGGUACUGCUACCGUUAGGCUAGGACUUGCAGAACCAACUGCAGCUGCAGUUGCCAAUGCAGCAGGAGGUUUGAGCGCAGCCAUGGCAGCUCAACUUGUGUGGACGCCUAUUGAUGUUGUGAGCCAGAGAUUGAUGGUUCAAGGUGGGUGUAAAAACCCUAACAAUCAUGUGGCUAAUUCAGCGCGCAAUUACAUCAAUGGGAUUGAUGCCUUCAGAAAAAUCCUUAACACUGAUGGUCCCAGAGGAUUGUACAGAGGGUUUGGGAUAUCCAUUUUGACUUAUGCUCCUUCAAAUGCAGUUUGGUGGGCUUCUUACUCUGUUGCACAAAGGCUGAUAUGGGAUGGAGUUGGGUACUAUCUUUGCAAGAAAGGUGAUGACAGCAACAAUACUGCAGCUACCACAUUGAAACCGGAUUCAAAGACAGUAAUGGCAGUUCAGGGAGUUAGUGCUGCAAUUGCUGGUGGUAUGUCUGCUUUAAUUACCAUGCCUUUGGAUACAAUCAAAACAAGACUACAGGUCUUAGAUGGUGAGGAAAAUGGCCGCCGAGGGCCUACAGCUAUGCAAACAGUGAGGAACUUGGUUAAGGAAGGUGGUUGGACAGCUUGUUACAGAGGGUUGGGACCUCGGUGGGUUUCCAUGUCAAUGUCUGCAACGACAAUGAUCACGACCUACGAGUUUCUGAAACGGCUUUCCACGAAAAACUAGGAGGUUUUGACAUGAUGAUGAAGGGCAACAACGUGGAGAAAGUGAAGAUCUUUUCCCUUACUCCAAAUAAUGUUGUUAUUUUCUCUUGCCUGUGUUUUGUUUUCCCUCCUUUUUGGCUUUUUCAUCCUCUCCUUUCCAAGCAUGGCUUCUUGAUGUCAAUGUAACUCAAUGCCGGUCAUGUAUUUGUAUAUCAUGAAAAUAAAGGUCUGCUUCUAACACA